CUCCUAACCAUUCACGUAGUUCGGUUGUGUCUUGGUGCGUUUAAUGUUGCCAAUAACGAGAGUUUUUUUUUUUUUUUUUUUUGAAGGCAAGUACAGGUCGUACUUUAAUUAGUUCAUUGAAAACUCAGUUGCUCUCUGAGCGGUCGUGGAGAGACUGCUUUCGGCUUUUUUCCUGCUGACUGCUAAGAUCUCCUAUAGAGAGCUGCAACAAUGCCCAAAAGAAAGGCUGCAGGUCAAGGUGAUGUGAAGCAAGAGCCAAAGAGAAGAUCAGCCAGACUGUCUGCUUUGCCUGUGCCCAUUAUACCAGAGUUGAAGUCCAAAAGAACAUCAACUCCAAGGAAAAUGAAGACCAAAAAUGAUAUGAUGGGAAAAAACACAGAUGCAAUUGCUGAAACCAUAGCUGAAACGAAGAAAGAAGUUGUUAAAGAAUACAACAAUGAAACUGCUGAAAAUGGAGGAGCAAAAAUUAUAGAGGCACCAGUUCCUGAAAGAGAAAUAGAGGAAAUAAUAGAAGAAAAAAUUGAAGAUAUCAAAGAAGAAGGGGAAGAAAAGAAAGAGGUAGUGGCAAAAGAUGGAAAAGAAUAUGAAAAAGAUGAAAAAGGAGAUGGAGAUCAAAAUAAGGAAGAAGUUUUGCCCCAUUCAUAA